AUGGACAUCUCCCCCACUGCUAAGCGGCGUCGCCAAGCCUCGAAGCCCGAUUUGGACGCCUCUGCGCAGCUUCCAAUUGGCGCUUUCCGCGAGGACAUCGUCAAGGCCGUCCAGCAGCAUCGGGUCGUCGUCCUUGUUGGAGAGACUGGGAGCGGAAAGACUACGCAGGUGCCUCGCUUUCUUUAUGAAGCUGGCCUCAGUCGAAGACCGGACCGAGCGCAGCAAAUCAUUGCUGUGACGCAGCCUCGGCGCAUUGCCGCGAUCAGCGUCGCCAAUCAUGUCGCAUCCGAAAUGGGCUGCCAAGUUGGAGGUCUCGUUGGGUAUCACGUGCGGUUUCUGAACCGUACAUCACGUGAAACCGUGCUGAAGUAUAUGACCGACGGUAUGCUUGUCAGAGAGUCGGCUUGGGAAUCAGCAGAAGGACAAGGUCACCAUUCGGGGCUUCGCGCUUGUUCCAUUGUUGUUCUGGAUGAAGCGCACGAGCGGAGUAUAGACACAGACAUCCUGCUGGGCCUCGUGAAACAGGCACUGGAGAAAGGCGAGCCACCGGAUCUACGAGUUGUGGUCAUGUCUGCUACCAUCCAUGCCGCCCCUUUUGUCGAUUUUUUUGGCGGUUCCAAAGAGGUCCACUUGCUGAAGGUGCCGGGACGCCAGCAUGCUGUGCAAUUGUACUACACUCCGUCUCCUGAGCCUGACAUCCUCGAGGCCGCAAUGUUGGCGGUUCUCCAGUUACAUGUCACGCGCCCUGCCGGAGAUGUUCUCGUCUUCCUGCCCGGGCAGGAGGAGAUCGACGGCUUGCAGCGGCUGCUUGAGGAGAAGCAGGACGUCCUCGCAAAACAGAGGCAAGACCAUCCUGAAAAGCGCAUCCUUGAAGUAUCAGGUGACCAACCUGGUGCCUUCGCUACCCACGCCUGGCCGACUUUUCAAACCGUGCUGAACAUCUUCGUCAGGCCCAUCUACGCAGCCUUGCCUUUCGAACAGCAGGAGCAGGUCUUUGAGGCGACGCCUCCCGGGUGUCGCAAAGUCGUGCUGGCCACGAACAUUGCGGAGACCUCGAUUACAAUUCCUGGGAUUCGCUACGUGGUGGACACUGGCAUCAUGAAGCUGAAGAUGUGCCAUCCGCAAACAGGCAUCGAGAUGCUGAGGACGGUGGAGACUUCCCAGGCCUCAGCAAUUCAGCGUGCUGGGCGUGCAGGACGAGAGGCGCCCGGAGAAGUGUUUCGCCUCUAUGUGGAGUCCGACUACCAGAAGAUGCCCGUGCAAACUCCAGCUGAAAUUUUGCGCCUCGAAAUGGCCUCCGUCUACAUCAACUUGAAGGCUCUUGGAAUCUCGAAGAUCGCAAGUUUUCCGUUGGUGGAUAGGCCGUCCCGAGAAGCUUUAGAGAAGGCAGCCCACUUUCUCUGCCGGAUCGGAGCUCUUGACUCAAGAGAUGCCCUCACAGAUCUUGGAAGAAAGCUUGCGGCCGUACCAGUGCAUCCAAUGUACGCCUACUGCCUCCAUGUUUCUCUUGAGUUUGAAUGUGUUGCAGAGAUCUUGAGCAUCGUUGCGUUGAUGUCGGCAGACGCGCAAAUCUUCACAACUUCCAAGAAACAACGUGCCCAGCAGGCCAAGCCUUUCCACGAGGAUGGGGAUCACCUGUCACUUCUCUCGGCAUUCAGCCAGUGGCGGAAGGAGAAGAAGCCAAAGGCUUACGCCGCCGAAAACUCCCUAAGCCAUUCGGCACUGGAAAAGGCGGAAACGAUUCGGAAGCAGCUGAAAGAAAGGAUGCAGCAGGCGUGGCAUGCAAACAUCUCAAGCUGCGGGGGGCCCAAGAACUGGGUGGUGGUGAAGAGGUGCCUCUUGAAGGGCCUCUUCCUUCAGACAGCAAUGCGGGACGAGGUGAACCAGACCACUUACCGAACACUGCUUUCCAGACAGGAGGCCAAGCUACACCCUUCCAGUGUGCUUCACCGCCGCCAGCCGUCACCGCCCUGCGUCGUGUACUCCGAGCUGGUGAUGACCAGCAAGAGCUACUUGCGAACGGUAACUGAGGCUUCCGUUCUCUUUCAUCCGACCCCUCAGAGCACACCAAUCCACCUCAGGAAGCUUUCUGAGAAUCCCUCUUUUCGACAUACAUCAGCGAAGGGCUGA